AUGGCUUCCAACGAUAGGGUCCUUCGUGACGCGCGGUUGGUUUCCAGUCAGCGAGCCACCUCUCGAGCAGAGUUCUGGGCCAAUCUCAAGUCCAAUGACAUCCUGAUUCGGUGUCUUCACGACACAAUGGAACAAGAUGACAGUCUCAAAGCAGCCAUCGCUGCCGUUGUGGGCAAGAACAGCACGCCUGCACAGCAAUCAAAGCUCCUCUUGGCUAUCGUGGCUGAACUGGCUGGUGGUCUAGACGAGAUCUUGAACGUGGUCGCCCGCAAGGUGACCCAAUACCACAGAAAGCAGAAUGGUGUUGCCGGUGCUAGCGACCCAUUUUCGAGGGAAGACAAGGACGAACACGUCAUCAGCAUCAAUGACGAUGACGAUAGCAAUGGUUACAUCAAGCGCAACAAUAACAGCAACGAUGAUGAUAGCGAAGACGACACAGGAGACGAUUACUAUGACGACAAUGAGCCACAUGCGAGCCGCUCACCAUCUCCUGCAGUCAAGCGCGAGAGUGAUGCUCUCCCAGCCUUCAGUCUGCGAUCUCUCAUCGAAUAUGACAAGCGCCAGAACAAGCGCCAACCUGAACGUCCUAGCCCUGCCUCCUUCCCUAUGAAGAUGACCGACAGUACCCCGCCGCCCGUCAUCGGAAAACGCGCUCGUUCUGUUGCUGGUGACAGUCUCGUUGGAACACCAUCUGUCGCAGGAAGUGCGACCAAGAAGCUCAAGUCUGGCAAAGACAUUGUUUUCGCAGCUGCUCUCAUCACAUUUCUUGGAAAGGUGCAGACCACGCACCGAACCGGACAGAGCAUCCACGACAUGCUCCGAUGCGGCAAAUGCAACGAGUGGAAACGCGAUGCUCGAGUCCUCAACUGCAGCCACGUGUACUGCCAUCGCUGUGUCCAGAAGUUACGUAUCGAAGCUGAGCGUGGCGACGCCCUCCUCGGUUUCCGUCCAUACUGCAUCCAGCCCAACUGCACCGAGAUCGUGUCUGGUAAGACAGCCGUGAUCUUUGCUGAGGUUAUGGAGUUGUUGGUGUGGUAUGACAGACAGUCUCCCGUGGUCAACAACAUCGACUGCAAGUUGUACAUGCUCGCCAAGGCCAAAGAGAAGAAACCGGCCGACAAUACAAUCAAGAACCUCCUUGCCGAAGUCAGCCAGUCAAAGACCGUGGCUCAUAUGGCCGGAAAUGCAGCAGAGCCCUGCGACUUGUUGGAGAUGGCCAGGUUUGCCAGAAAGUGGCUGAUUCCAGAGCGCGUUUUCAAGGAUCAAUAA